AUGCAUCUGGCGCCCAAUUUUUAUCCAAUUCUGUUCAGCGCGGAGCAAGCGCCAAAUUUUUUAAUGCAUUCAUCAUUAAGGCAGAAUGCUAAACGCAUAUUUUGUGUGUCUAACGCUGCAAGAGCUUGUCGCGGGUCAGAUGUAAAGAUUUCGGAUGCAAGUGACUCAUCCGAUGAUGAAUAUCAAAUGGAUAUUGAUGACGAAGAAUUAAGUUUUAAAGACAAACUUUUGGUAACCGACAUUAGUGAUCUUACUGAAAUGUGCAAGUCGAAAUGUGACACGAAAUAUCUUAGUACGUUGCUUUAUAUGUCGUUACGUUUCUUCAAGAUUAAGCGGGAACAUGUUGAUGAGUAUUUGAAGAGUAUUAGUUUUAUGACCGCGGAAACUUCUGAUAAAUGGGCGACAGUGUUUAUUAAAGGAGAUUAUGAAGAAUUUUCAAAUGAUUUACGUGGUGGUAAACAAAUUGAUUCAUUUUGUGUGACGUUUCCCAAGAUUGAAGCAGAUGCAAAAGCAUUUGUCGUUCAAGCGUGUUCACAAAAGUCGGGAGAAUUCAAGGCUUUGGAUUUGGCUCAGUUUAUUGAUGAAAACUAUUAUGAAUUAACAGGAAUUAAAAAGCAAAAUGGCGACGAUUUGAUAAGAUCCGAAAGAAGUUGUCACCUAGUACUUCGCAGAUCGGGAGCUAAAUUCGAAGCGAAUUCACAACGCCCAUAUUUCGAAGGACAUGAAAGAGACGAUGUAGUGAAACAUCGUAAUGAAUUUAUUAAUUAUUUCCUUGCACAUAGAGAUUUUUAUAUUAUAUAG